AGCUAUACCUACAAUAUCUCCUCAAUCUCUCUCUUUUCUCUUUUCUCUUUCUCUCUCAUAUUCAACAUUUAUUUUUUCUAUUUAUUUAUUAUUUUAUUAAUUAAUUAAUUACCAUAUUUCCUUUUUCUUUUUAUGAGCCACCAACACAUUCAUUUGCCACUUCUCUCUACACAUUCAAUUCCCCCUUCACCUCAUCCCAAUAUAUAUAUGUAUCCCAUCUCUUCUUCUCUCUAUAGCUAAUUUCUCUCUUAAUAAUCUCUUUAUAUAUUCAUAAAUAUGCCUAUUCCUAGCUUAGCUUUGCAUGAAGGAGUGAGAAAACUACCUAUACAUAUCAUCACUUGCUCUCAUUAUUUCUCUGAGUUUCUUCUUCUCAAGUUCUUGGUUAUAUAUUAGGGUUUGAAGUGAAGAAAGAAAAAAGAAAGGUCAUUAUAUAUAAGUAGUUGAUUUAAUUAUUAAGAUGGGUGAGGAAUUAGAAUACUUAUGGAAGGUUAUUAUUAUUAUUAUUAGGAAUUGUAGUAGUACUACUUGUUCAUCAGCUUGGUGGUCAAUAAUAAUAGGACUAAUUAUUGCAACGACGUCGUUUUGGUUGUGUUGGUUUUGGUAUAAUAAUAUUAAUAAUAAUAAUAAUAAUAAGCAAGUACUACUUCUUCAUCAUAAUCAUAUUAAUAAUAAUAAUAAUAAUAAUAAUAAUAAUAAUAAUAAAGUUCCUAAAGGAAAUAAGGGUUGGCCUGUUCUUGGAGAAACCAUUGAGUUUAUUGCUUCUGGCUUCACUUCUCAACCUGUCAGCUUCAUGGAAAAACGCAGAUCUAUGUAUGGGAAGGUGUUUAAAACACAUAUAUUGGGAAGAGCCAUAAUAGUAUCAACAGACUCAGAGGUGAACAAAAUAGUGCUACAAAACCAAGGCAACACAUUCAUUCCAGCUUAUCCAAAAUCCAUCACAGAAUUGUUAGGUCAAAACUCCAUUCUUCAAAUCAAUGGACCACUUCACAAGAGAGUCCAUGCACUCAUUGGUGGUUUUCUAAGAACCCCAAUUUUCAAAGCUACAAUCACCCAAGUCAUUCAUCAUUCUGUUCAACUCAAUUUGGCUUCUUGGUCCAACAUCCAACUCCUUUACGUCCAAGACCAAGCCCGAAAGAUUACCUUUGAAGUGUUGAUGAAAGUGUUAAUGAGCCUUGAUCCUGGUGAAGAUUUAAACUCCUUAAAAGAAGAUUUUGAAGAAUUUAUAAAAGGGUUAAUUUGCUUACCUAUCAAGCUCCCUACAACAAGAUUAUACAAAUCUCUCAAGGCAAAGGAGAGGUUGUUGAAGAUAGUGGGACGAAUAGUAGAGGAAAGAAAAGCAACGAUGGAAAUUAGAAAUAAUAAUAAUAAUAAUAAAGAAAGAGGUGUAGGGAAUGAUGUGGUGGACGUGCUACUACAGGAAAGUUAUGAUUCUGACGAGAGUCGACGACUGCCGUUGGAUUUCAUAACGGGGAAUAUUAUAGAGAUGAUGAUCCCAGGAGAGGAAACGGUUCCCAUGGCCAUGACCUUGGCUGUCAAAUACUUGAGUGACAACCCCGUCGUUCUAGACCACUUGCGGGAGGAAAACAUGGAGCUGAAGAAGAAGAAAAUGAUUGAUAACUUAGGUAAUUGUACAUGGACUGAUUACAUGGAGUGUUUGCCAUUUACUCAGAAUGUGAUAAGUGAGACUCUGAGAUUGGCAAAUAUCAUUAAUGGUGUUUGGAGAAAAGCUACUAAAGAUGUAGAUAUCAAAGGCUAUUUUAUACCCAAAAACUGGUGUGUAUUGGCAUCUUUUAUUUCGGUUCAUAUGAAUGAAGAGAAUUAUGAAAAGCCAUAUGAGUUUAAUCCAUGGAGAUGGGAGAAGACAGGUAAUACCGUUAAUAGUAAUAUGUUUACACCAUUUGGUGGUGGACAAAGGCUGUGCCCUGGUUUGGACUUAUCUAGACUUGAGCUAGCAAUAUUUCUUCAUCAACUUGUCACCAAAUACAGAUGGAUAGCAGAGAAGGAUGAAAUCGUUCACUUUCCAACUGUCAAGAUGAAGAGGAAGCUGCCCAUUUCAGUCACAUCAAUAAGCAUGACUUGAAAAGUCUUUUGAUUGACCCAUCAUGCAUAACGUGUACAGAUAUAUAUAUAUAUAUUUAUAUACAUAUAUACAUAUAAUAUAUGUGUUUUUGUGAGUGAGUGUGUGUGUGAGAGAGAAGAUAUUUGGGAAGAAAAACAUAUCAUUGUGUUAGUUCUAGUGUCACUGUCUUUGUCUUACAAACAACAAGAGGUGUGUUUUUAACAAAAUUUUGAAGUAGGGAUGAUCAAAUCAAACUCCCAUAUCUUAUAAAUCUUGUAUUUUUUUGUUUC